UCUGAUUGGAUGAGAAAGGAAAAACAGUGGAGCCAACUAGGAUGAAAGAAUAAUUAAGGAGAAAGAUGAAGAUUUACAACAUACAUCAAGGUUGUAUAAUACUUAACUUUUAAUUCAACACCGAAGAAUUAUAUCUGGAAAGUCUGUGACUCACCAUAUCUACAGGACUUUGAAUCAGAAGUUUUGUAUCCUGGAAGAAAAAUACAGAAAAUUGACUGAUCCACCGUCACCGGUCGCAUAUUUCAGAUUUUUAUGACUAGGUCAACCAAAGAGUGAAUACCCCCCUGUUUUAUUUGAAGGAUUUUUAGAGGCCUGAAGUGGUUGAAAUCAAUUGUCUGCAGCACCACAAUAUGACUCAGAGGGAAGAAGGUGAGAGAGAUUUCCUGAUGACAGACCUGCAGCUUCAGAUAAAAAAAAAAACUGGUGCCAGAGGAUCUGAAGCAUGAGUCAUCGUUCUCGGGCCUCCAGGGUGCGACAGCAUGUCCACUGUGAUUCCUGCUACAGCCGGCGCUGCAGGGCUCGGGUGGAGGUCUCUGUGUGCUGCGCGGUCAUCCCCUGCCGCCUGCACUGUGGAGCUCUCUUCCACCUGUGCAAAGAGGAGGAUCACCUGCUGCUCUGCCCUAACGUGAGGGUGCCCUGCCUCAACGCUGAGUACGGCUGUCCGGUCCACCUGCCUCGCUCCUCGCAGGCUGCUCACCUCCAGGUGUGUCCGGCCAGCGUGGUGUGUUGCUCCAUGGAGUGGAACCGCUGGCCAGCCAAUGAUUCCCAUUCUUAUCCGAACACAGAGCUGCAUGAAAACCUGCUCAGGGAAAGAGAGCAGGGAGCAUGUCUGGACCUGGCCAUGGCCCUGAAAGAUCAGGACUGCCUGUUUCACUCCAUGAAGAUGAAGAAACUGUUCCCAGAGCUGGUCCAGAGUGUGGAGGAGGAAGAGAAAGAGGAAGAGAGGAGGGAGAAAGAGAGGAGGAAGGAGAAGCAGAAGCAGAGAAAGGCCACCUUGGAGAAGGAGGCAGCAGAAAGGGCAGCUGCAAAGAAAGCCUGGGAGUCUUUUAACAUGUUUGACAUCAAUACUCCUGAUGAAAAAGACAAUGAGGAUGAAGAUGAGGUUGAAGUUGAAUAUGAGCAGGAGCUAACCCAGGAGCAGAGAGAGGCUAUUGCCAGGGGCUCAGGAGUGAAUGCUGAUUUGUUAGAAAACUACAGUGCCUGGGAGCGCAUGUUCAGCAUGGAGAUGGGUGGCUGCAGGGAAACUGAAGGGGCAGCUGUUGCAGGCAAAGGAAAGGAACUGGCUAAAGGGAGAGGAAAAGGCCUGGACACUCUGACAGAGGAAGAUAUAGCAGAUACCUGUAUGGGUGCCACAGCAUCAAACACCUGCAAACAGGUGAGCAGUGCAUGCAUUGCUUCCUCCACAUCCUCCUCCUCCUGUCUCGCUGGAAAUCGGAAGAAGAAAUUUGUGUACGGGCAUGUGGAGCCGAUGAAGAUUAUCACUGUGCGUACCUUUAAGAUCCCAACCAGCUUCUCUGCCAGGCAGGGCCGCAUCCGCAACCCUGGUUUCUACAGGAGGGAGAGUCAAGCUGUGGAUACCAGCGACCUGGGAGUGGCGCUAGAGGAGAUGCCAGUGUGGGAGGAAGUUCAGGCCUCUCUGCUGUGCUCCCUGGAGAAGGAGCAAAGGGGUCACCUGAUUGCAGAGAGCGUGUGCACAGAUGGUCUGUUACAAGAUGAAGGUACACAGACUUACAACUUUCUGUCUGCUCCUUUCCGGAGAAACACGUCGCUGGCUGACUUGACCACUGCAAAACCGCUGGAGCUGCACCUUCAGCUGCAGGUGGAGAGCGUCACCAGCCGACACCACAAGGCAAGCUCCGCUUUUACCUUCCUCUGUGGACACACCUUCCAGCGAGGAGAAUAUGGCAAACAUUACAAGAACAUCCACAGUGACAUCCAGAUGGGUGUGAAUGGAUGGUUCGAGCAGAGAUGUCCCCUGGCGUACCUGGGAUGCACCUACAGCCAGAGGAGGUUUCAGCCCUCCACACAUGAAGCCACCGUCACCUACAACGAGGAUCUGGGCUGCUUUAGCCUGCAUCCCAUCAUCCCUGUCUCUUUGGGUGACGCCUCCCAGCCGUCCAGGAGCACAGCGGACUCCUCCACCCCUCAGAGGAAGAGAGGAGGGGAGUACUCUCUGAGCUCGCUGCCCUACGAGGUGCUGUGCCACAUGGCCAGUUUCCUGGACAGUCUGUCCCUGUCCCAGCUGGCUCUGGUGUCCCGGCUCAUGAGGCAGGUGUGCUCCUCUCUGCUGCAGGAGAGAGGGAUGGUCACCCUCCGCUGGGAGAGGAAGACCUACUCACAUGGGGGAGCCAAGUGGACGGUGAAGCAGAGGGUGUGGCAGUUCAGCACCUUGUUCUCUCCUGUGGACACUUGGUGCUUCCAAGACGUGCCGUCUAUCUCCGAGCAUCUAAAGGUGUGUCCCUGCUAUGAGAGAGAGUCCAGGACAGAGAAGAUUCACCUGCCGCGUAUCAAAGAGGAAGUCCAAACCAAAACAAGCUGUAAUGGUCCCACUCUGGUUAACUUGUUUCAGCAGAAGAGGAUCAUGAUGUAGUGUAAAGCACUGACUUGCUACUGUAUGCUGCUCUAAUCUGUUGUUAUAAAACACGUAGCAUGUUGUCCCCUCUUUUUCUCUCUCCUCAUAUUCCCUGCCGCUGCUGUCCACCGUCAUUUAAAAAUAAAGGAGACAAAUGCCAUUAAAAAUAAGAAGAACUUGAGUUGUAAUUAAGGCUUUAAUCUUAGAGUUAUGACUUUAAAAGCACACAAGUCAAAAUCUAACUUUAUUAAUGAAAAAUGUCAGAAUGGCAUUUAAGUUAAGUAUGUCUGAAAUAAAUUCAGUAAAGAAAUAAAGGUAAUCAGGAAGCCACAUCUGAUGUUUUGCUUCAGAUGAUUCUAUUGCAAUGACAAAUGUGUGGUUGUAGAAUGGAAAAAUGUCACACUUUCAGUCAGGAGCCAUCUUGCUUCACAGACCACUCUUCUAAUAACUUAUACAGUGCAUCUAUACAUUUGAAGUGCAGUUACUAAUUGUCAUUGUAAACACUGAAUAUACAUUUUUGGAAAAACACAAUGUGAAUACUUGAGCAGUUGUACAAUAAUGUCCCUUCGACAAAUAGCUUAUUAUUUCACAAAACAGUGAAGUUAUGAAAUUUAACUGACAGUAUGUUAUGUAAUUGUCAGUGUUACAAUGAAAAUUUGUGUAAUUUGCCAAAUUAUCUUGUAGAUAAACAGCUUAGAUGGUAUAUCGGAGCUGCCCUUGUGUGAUGGUAACUUUUUCUUAAUCUUUGCUUUUGAUUAUAAUGACAACCAAUACAAGUUACAAUCAAACACUUUAAGUUACUGAGACGGUAUGGAAAAAUAUUUUCUGUGCAUCAAAAAAUCCAAACCAUCAAUUAAUUCAUUUCAAAUUCUGUCACAGAUUGUAUUGGACACCAAAGAAACACUUCCUCAUUAAAUUAUCUGCAAAUCCCCACUGUAGUUUUUGUCCCUACCAACAAAAGGGAACAUUCAUGCAUAUGGUCUGGGAAUGUGAGAAGGUUUAUGAGUUUUGGGAAACGAUCUCAUCAAUAAUGUCUGAUAUGAUAGGAAAAGAGAUACCAGUGCAACCAGUUGUGCUCCUUCUAAACGAUGACUCCAAUUUAGGUUUCACAGAGCUACAAAGAAAGAUUUGGCUGGCAGGACUAACCUCUGCCAAAAAGAUAAUUGCGCAAAGAUGGCUCCCUCCCAAUACUUUAUCUGUGCGACAUUGGCUAUUUCAGUUUCAUGAUAUACUAAUGUUAGAACUAGGCGAGAGCCUCAACUCUUGAGGCUUGGGAAUCUGUGGCAGAAAAGCUUCAAGAUGGUAGAAUCUAAUUUUGUGAUAUGAUUGGACUCUCAAACCUCUGUUGAUCUUUAUGUUUUAUUUUAUGUUAGUUUCUCAUAUUGCAGACUGUAUCUGUUUUGUUUUAUUAUUGUUAUUUUUAUUUUAUUUUAUUUCGCAGGUGUAUAUGUGACUGUUAUUUUGCUUUGAUUGACCGCUGGAGUG